AUGCAGCUUCCACCCCCUUUCCCCCGCUAUCUCUCCUCUCUCCGCACCCUCAACCGCCGCCGCGUUCAGCGCCAUGCCGUGGAAACCGAGCACAAGGGUCUCCUCAACCGGCUGAGUGAUGUCUUUUCCCGGACCUGGUAUCUCGGGUUCACGGCAUUCGGAGGGCCUCCCGUCCACUUUCAGAUCUUCCAUGCCAAAUUUGUCGAGGGAAAAGGAGGACAGGAGAAAUGGGUGGAUGAGCAGACGUACCAAGAGCUCUUUGCCAUCUGCCAGGCUCUCCCCGGACCAGGGAGUACCAAAAUGCUCUUCUGUCUAGCACUGUUACAUGCGGGGUUCCUUCCUGCACUGCUUGUAUUUCUCCUAUGGAGUCUUCCCGGGGCAAUCGGCAUGUAUGCGCUUUCCAUCGGAGUCCAGAAUAUCCAUCAGACCCUCCCGGAUCCUACAUAUGCGCUUCUAUCUGGCCUGAAUUCCUCAACCGUGGGGAUCAUUGCGCUGGCAGCGGUGCAAUUGGCAGAAAAGGCUAUUCGAGACAAACUCACGCGCAUCCUGGUCAUCUUCGGUGCCUGUGCUGGGCUUUGUUACAAUGCGCUUUGGUACUUCCCUGCUCUGAUGGUUGUGGGCGGUUUGACGACCGUGGUGUGGGACGGAUGGCUCAGUCUGUGGGUUCGGAAAGCGAAGGCCCGAUGGAGGCAGAGAAACAUUCAUCUGGAGGCUCAGCAAGGGCCCAUCGCAGCUACAGAAGUGGAGCUACAGGAACAGAACCAUCAUGCACACACCUCUAAUCCAGGAAGUAACGCCAUGCGAUCCAGACGACCAGGGCACACAGCGGAGGUUUCGCAGCCUCUACCUCUCGGAAAUCCGCCGCAGGCAGCGUCUCAGGAUCAUGUCAUUCGGAUUAGAGUUGGCAUUAUCCUAACCGUGGGUUUCUUCGCAUCGUUUAUCGGCGUCCUCGUCGCCCGCGGCGUGGUCAAAGUGCCCGCGCUUUCCCUCGACCUGUUCGCAAACAUGUACCUCGCUGGCACCGUGAUCUUCGGCGGUGGCCCCGUGGUCAUCCCCCUUCUCCGCGCGUACGUCGUCGACCCCGGCUGGGUCUCCAGCCGAGACUUCCUCAUCGGCCUCGCUUUGAUCCAAGCAUUCCCGGGCCCCAACUUCAACUUUGCCGUUUUCCUCGGCUCCCUCGCCAUCCAAGGCUCCCAGUCCCGGUUCCCAUCUAUCUUUGGUGCCUUCCUUGCAUUUCUCGGGAUCUUCUUACCGGGAAUCACCCUUGCUGUUGCCGUGCAGAGCUUCUGGCGGGUCCUCCGCCGGAGAAAAUGGGUGGUUGAUCUACUUCGCGGAAUCAAUGCAACUGCCGUGGGGCUGGUGUUUACGGCGGUGUACCGGCUCUGGGAGAUCGGGUAUUUGACGCCUCAGUCGAGCAAUGGACAAAGCCUGGGGACGGAGCCUUGGUGGGUUGUUGUUGCGGCGGUGACUUAUGCGGAGAAUGCUUGGUUCAAGGUACCUCCGGCGAUUGCGAUUAUCCUGGGAAGUGUUUUGGGGUUGUGUUGGUAUGGGGUUGAACUUUUAAUUAGGGGGUUAGAAUAGGAAGGGAUGUAUCUUCUUCAUUGACUCAACGUAAUCUCUCAAAUUCGCCUUUUAUCAAGUCAAACACAGUACAAAUACAAUGAUGU